AUGAUGGAGGAUUUCAACAGUGAGACCGACAGUGACUAUACCAGUUACUGGCGGGAUUGGUUCAUCUCCUCUCGUGGAAACGAGUACUUCUGCGAGAUCGACGAGGAGUACCUGACCGAUCGCUUCAACCUGACUGGUUUGAAUACCGAAGUCCCCUACUACCAGUACGCCUUGGAUCUGGUGACCGAUGUCUUCGACGUCGACGCCGAUGACGACCUUCGUGAGCAAAUCGAGAAGUCCGCCCGCCACCUUUACGGAUUGGUCCACGCCAGAUACAUCGUGACUACUCGUGGCCUCGCCAAGAUGGUUGACAAGUACAAGAAGGGCGACUUUGGCAAGUGCCCCCGCGUUGUGUGCGAAGGUCACCCUCUCCUUCCCAUGGGCCAGCAUGAUGUUCCCGGCAUGAGCACCGUUCGCCUCUACUGCGCCAAGUGCGAAGACAUCUACAACCCCAAGUCCUCUCGCCACGCGGCCAUUGAUGGCGCCUACUUUGGCAGCUCCUUCCACAGCAUGCUGUUCCAGGUUUACCCCGCUCUCGUCCCUGAGAAGAGCAUCCGUCGCUACGAGCCUCGCAUCUACGGGUUCAAGGUUCAUGCUGCGGCUGCGCUUGCUCGCUGGCAGGAUCAGUACCGUGAGGACAUGAAGGCUCGUCUUCGCGAUGCUGGCGUGGAGGUCAAGUACGCCGAGGAAAGUGAACAUGAAGAGGAGGAAGACGAUGAUGAUGAAUCUCAGAACAUUGAUACCAAGGGAGAGCGUGUGGCUGGCGAUGCUGCCUCUGGCCGUAUGGACAUUGGCAACUGA